AUGGCGGAAUACCUCUCCUUUAUUUUAUCAACCCGCCUUGUCACCCAUCUUGAGCGGCCAAAACGAGAGCGAUCGACAUCACCAAGCAGCAACGGGGCAGUGGCUGUUGGUGCGAGCCAAAAAACAGACAAAUGGUUUGAGAAAAUUGGGGACCGGGUGGAGCGAGUGUGGGAAAUAUCCACUCCAUGUCUGUCAUUCGAGUGGAUCUUGUCCGCCAAUGGGCACGCAUCCGAAAACUUCCCCUAUUUUUCUGCCCUGAUAUACUUUGCCGUCGGGCGCCUUUGCUUCCUUCACGUAUUGCAGAAAGACACCAAAACCUGGCAACAUCAAGGACGGCCAACAGCCCUAGUCGAGCCAGAUGCAGCUAUAACCAAGUCUUUAGACUCCUUCGGAAAGCCUGGAGGAAGCCAUUAUCGGAGGCUAUAUGUGGGUGAGAAGGUCAACCCGGUGCCACAAACACCUCACGGUGAAGGUCUCGAUUUGCAGCAUGUUUAUUCAGCAUGCUGGCUCGGCAAGUAUCACGACUGGAUUUCCCCCAAGGACAAGCAAGGAAGAGCACAUUUUCCGUCCUUCUCAAAUAGACGUACUCUAAAACAGAAGAAAAAAAACGCAAUCCGCGUCAGUAGUUACCUCGUCGGCUUCUUGUACGAGUUGCCUCCUAUUUGCCUCCAGCAAGAACAGGUGAAUAGAUGCAAAGGGCUGCCAGCUCAACUGCCAGGAGCAGCGUCCUGGAGUCGAAAAGUUCUAAAACCAAGCUCUAUCAUCACUCCGCAGCACUGGGGAUAG